AUGGAAGGUUGCCCUUGUCUCGUCUUGAGUGCUUUCAGUGCCGCUGCCAUUCUGCUCUUCACGUUCCUGCCCAUUCUCCUCACGUUCUACGUGCUCCAACACCGAUUUCUGCACCGGAUUGAGGUCCUCAUGACUUCUAUGACAGACUCGGUGACUCCUGAAGCAUGUCAGGGCAUAGAGGGGGCUAGCCACCCCGACAAGGCAUCGUCUGACGCACCGGAAGUCGCUGUGUCUCCUGCUCCAGAAUCGCGUAGAAGCUCAAACUUGAUGGACAGCCGAUUGGAGGACAUCCAGGUUCCGGCUCUUCUGCCACAGAUUUCAAAGAAGAUGCCGGGCCCUAUCACCACCAGCGCCAUCGUCAAACUGGCCGAGGAGCUUCACCUGGGAGAACCUACUCCGUUGCUGGAUGGUGGAUUGGACCACCUGCACACCCCUACUUUAGAUCCCAACCGCAAGAGCCCGUUUCCAGCUUCCGUAGCUCAGGUAGCGAAAACCUCUACUUUCGGCGCCGAAAAACAAGCGGAAAUCGUUCCAUGGGAUGGUAAGAUACGCUGGGCUAUUGAGGGCCCCAGUGUCUUCGAUGACGAGGAGGACGAGCUUGGAGCAUUCUACUUCCGUCCUAAUCUCCUGUCUCGUCAUCCAUUCUCGGACAUUUGGAUGUUCCAGUAUGGGCUGCGAUACGUUCCAGCCAAGGGCGAUAGAAACGUGUAUCGCACGGUCCGGGUCGAAAGUCUUCCACCAACUCUGACCCUGAAAGAUAUCUUGCCUGCCGUUAGUGGUGAGAUCUUCUCAGCUCGUCUCACGGAUACCACACCCAUCGUGGGAUCUAACACCGCGAUUGUCACGUUCGUUUGGCAAUCUGAUGCUGUUCGUUUUGUUCAGGGUUCAAGAAGUGGUAUGCACAUUGGUCCUGCAGUGGCAAAGGUUGUCCCCGUCAACACUCCAACCUAUCCAAUCUCAGCUGAGUUGAAGAAAUUGAUCUUCAAGGAGGGCUACACCCGCUGUCUCUGUGUGUCCAAUUUGCGUGAAUCCCUGAAGAGUGAAGUGCGUCGUGUUAUGGAGAAGUCUGUCCACUCUGAAUACAUCGAGAGGAUUGAAGACGGUCUUGUGCUGGGGAAGACCUACAUCCGGUUCCAUUCGAUCAAAGUGGCUGCUGCGGCGUACGAGCAACUCAGAAACCACCCGUGUUUUACCAAGUGUGCCUUUCGUUUCCUGAAGAAAGCCUCAGACAUGCGUAGCAGUGUUGCUGGAGGCCUCACAUUUGGAGCUAAAGUGCAGGAAGCCCGCCCUCGCAUCGGGAUUUGGGAUUAA